AAGUAACCUUGUAGUGGAGGCUUUAGACAUGGAGAAAACUAAAUUCAAAGUAGAAUCCGGAAUACAAUUAUUAACAAGAUUGUCCACCAAGAAAACUACAGUCGACAAUUUCUACCCUAACUUGUUUCAAUCGGGUCCGAAGCCAGGAGAAGUGAUUGAAAUGUUUAGUAACAGAAGCUGUUCAUUUCUACUGAUUGACAUGAUUAUCGAAGCUGUACUUCCUAUAAAAUUUGGUGGUGCCGAAAUAGGUGUUCUAAUCUUAAAUACAGAUGGUCACAUUAGCUUGCAAGCAUUAACUGCAUCAUUACGGAAUAAACUUCACACACAAUAUAAUGUUGGCCUUCAUGAAGAUGACUUUGCAAAGGUGCUAAAUGAUAUGAUUGAUAACAUUUUCAUAUUGGAUGUUUUUGAAGCCACUCAACUAUACACCAGUUUUCAAAACCUAGAAAAUAUUUUAGCAAAACAUAAUAAUAUUUCACUGUGCGUGAUUGAUACACUGACAGCAUUCUACUGGUCAGAACAGAGCUUUAAAAUUACCAAGAUGGAUAUCUAUUUGAGAAAUCUUCUUCGUAUUGUUCAAAAAGCUGUGCAAUGCCAUGAAGUGACUAUAUUAUACACACGGCCAGAGUACUUUAACUCGAGCAAAGAUUUACUUGAGAACACUGAGGCUUGUGCUGAUGUCCCUACUGCUGAAAAAGUGAAUUGCAGGAUACAAGUGUGCCAAAUUGAAGAUGAAACCUUUAUUGCAAAUGUUAGAACAUCUAGUGAUGUUACCAGAAAAAACUUUAAAAUAGAAUUUAAUAAAAUAAAUUGGUUGUAAGAAAAAG